CCCGCUUCUAAAAAACUGAUUCUAGGAGUAAAUAAGAGCACCAAAAUCACUUCUGCAUUUUCACCCAAACACUCCAACUUCUUCUUCUGCUCCCUGAAAGAGCAGAAGCAGUUUUAAGAAUUAGAUCCAAACACCGCCUAACUCUCCACUCUCCUGUCUUCACUUCUCUAUUCUCGACAACUUCAAGGCUCUCGAGUAGAGCAAGGACAACUUCUGCAACCGGCCAGGGCGGCCACCCACCACACCAAUCAACUCGAUCCAGCAGAACAACUUCCACCACCAAGCAGGACGGCCGGACAGCUCUAUUACCCGUAGGGCCGCAGACAACAGCAACCGGACACCCGAACCAGCCACACCCUUCUCUUCCUCGCACCAGUUGCAGGCCCAAAGUGAUGCCGCACCCAUCUCUUCAGAGAUGUGUCGCCCCAAAAUAAUUGCACGACAGCUCACAUCACCGGCGAUGACGUCGCUGGCCGCCGGCCGCCACCACAAUUCAAAUCCAGCCGCAACACUUGAAAUGUUGUCUCCGGCCACCGCAUCUGUAAUCAUUGUCGCCGGCCGGCACAUCAGAAAUCGUCCGUCGCAGUCCGCUUAAUCAGGCGUGGUCGCCGCCGGCUGCCUGAUUUGGCGGUGCCGCCUUCUCACUUUGCACCACCUUCUCCUCCGGCGAGAUUCCGGCGAGAUUGAUGUAGAUUUUUGUCAAAAAUUCAUGCUUGCAAAAAUACAGAGUUGAGUCACAGUCUUAACAGUAAUUGCCAAAUUCUCAUUUUUUAGAAUGAAAACAUGGCAUUAUAACUGAUAUAAGGGGACACUAAUUGUCAAAAUGGCACCACCCUUGUAAUGGCACGAUUUGCCAAAAUAUGUUUUUUUAAGAAUGAAAACAUGGCAUCAAAACUGAUUUAUGGCUUAAAAACUAAUAUUUCUAUCUUGAGUUUCAAAUAGAAAUUUUUAGAUUUAGAAGGAUAAAAAAAAUUGAUUUAAUUAUUUUAAACAUCUAAAUCCGAAAAAACUAAAAAAAUAAGAUCCAAAAUUUUCAGAUCUAAAAUAGCAAUUUUAGGUUUGAAUCUCAAAAUAAAACAAAUGAAACCAUAGAAAUAGAAAAAAAAAAAUCAAGAGAAUAAAAUAGAGGAGCGAGAGUGAGGGAGAAGAAGAUGGAGGAGAAGCUUAGGAGGUGAAUAUCUUACCGGAGAAGACCGACGCAGCACCUGAGUGACGUUGCAGAAGAGAAAUUAAUCAUCGACGAGAACUUGUAGAGUUGUAGAUGUGAAGUUGGUUGCCGGAGAUGUAGUGUAUUUUUUCCGCCUUUGAAAUCCAUGGGAGAGACCAAUUGUAGAUGUGAAUAUGGGAAAGAAGGAAGAUGCAGAGAUGAAAGAGAAGUGGUGGUGCAGGAGGCAUGCAUGGCUGGGUCAGAAAAAUGAGGAAAUGUAAAUUAUUAAUGUAGGAAGGGUAAAAUUGAAAUAUAAGCUCCUACAUUAGGAAUUUAAAAGGUACGCUCCUACUUUUGCAUUCUCAUUAUGUUUGACUCCUAAAAAGGGUAAUUUUUUAUUUUAUAUAUUAUUAUAUCAAUAUUUUAACAAUUGUAUCGAUGCAUAGGAGAAGUCAUACAAAUCCUCCAAUGGAAGUCGAAGUUGAUGGGGGAGCAGUACUAUCGAGACUGAUCUUGAAAGAAUGAAUGCAAAUAAUGAUGAUGACAGUGGUGAGAAAGAUGAUGAUAUGCCUACAUUUCAAACGAGGAAAAAGAAGAAAAAGGCUUCAAAAGCUCAUACGAAUUUUGAUAAAGUGAUUUUAACGAAUGGAAUUAAAAAGUAUAAAUGUGUACAUUGCAAUAAACUGGUUUGUAGGCCGGAUAGUGGUACAACUUCUCAUCUUUGAAAUCAUUUGAAGACUUGUGACGCAAAGAAGCUUGGCAAGAAAAAACAAAUGAACUUGCAAUUUCAACCAUCAAAGUCCAAGUUUGAGAUGUGUCCCUUAUCAAAUGGCAAGUAUGAUCAUUUGAAGCAACGAGAAACAACUGCUCAAUGGAUAAUGAUAAGUGAGCAACCUUUCAAUGUUGCGGAAAACGAUGGAUUCUCCUUUACGUGUUCCAGGUUAAUCUCCCACGGUUUGAAAAGAUCUCUUGUGCUCAAGUAUGAAGUGAUGUUAUCACUUUUUAUGAGAUUGAAAAAAGGAAGUUGUUGUCUAUUAUUACUACUUACUCCAUCCGUUCCUAUUAUAACUUCCAACUUUCCUUUUUCGUCCGUUCCAAUUAAAACUUCCACUUUCCCUUUUUGGUAAAGAAUUUGUGAUUCACAACAUUUCUUACACAUUUCUCUCUCCUCUGCACAACUCUCCACCACACAAUACCCAUUAUCUUAAAUUGUGUGCCAAACCUAUUUGGAAGUUAUAAUAGGAACAGAGGUAGUAUUAUUCAAGUGAGUCCCUAAUUCUACGUAUCAUUUGCUUGCUACCCGGCAACGCGUAAUAAUAGUUUGUUGUGUAGCAGAAAAAUAUAAAAUCAACGAGGUAAACCGUUGCCCAGAUAAUCAACGAUAAAAAUACCGUUGCCAAGAGCUAAAAGGCUAAAACCAAUUUUAUUCCCAGAUAAUAAGAAUGAACCCUGGCGAGGGGUAUAAAUAGCAUUCUACAAGAAACCCUAGUCAAGUCCAAACUAAUUAAAUCCUAAUUAGGCCCAGACUAACUCUACUAAGUACUCUACUAAUAAAAGGUCCAAACCAAAACAUAACAUUAACUUAAUAAUAAUAAAUAAACUAUAAGACAGCCCGUAACCGGCCCACGGAAGUGGGUCCAAGCCCGAUCCCGCCCCAUGCUGUUCCUGCUACCUAUCAAUCCAUCCUCCUUCAAAUUAACCUUGUCCUCAAGGUUGAAAUCUCGCGGAUCGGGGACUGAAAUUUCCAGCCAUAGAAUGGACUGGAAAAUAUCCUUUAUCUCUUUCCUGAAUUCUUUCCUAGCAUGUUAUUUCACAGUACUCAUGUUGUUGGAGGUCCAACUCUUCAUCCUCCUCAGCUAUCAUUACCCGCAACUGCUUAAAGGGACAGUCAUGCCCGAAUGUAAAUGGUUUCUUACACCUAAAGCAUAAUCCUUUCGCCCUCAAUUCUGCAAACUCCUUUGGCGGGAGACGAGUGAACUGAGAGCGUGUCGUAGGCUGCCCAGACAGCCCUGACUUCAUCCCCGAAGGCUAUCCAUUAUCCUUCGGGAAGCUGCCACUUGAUCCCUGUAGGCUGCCACCACUGGCAGUCAACGGAGGGCUAGUGUUUGGCAUUAAAAAGCUACUGGAACGUACCCCUGAAGGAUUAUAAUUCGGGCUGACACUUCCUCCACUCUGGACGGACAGGUUGUACUCCACAUCGCGAGCUAAUUCCAUGGCCUCUUCCAAAUUAUUCAGUCGAAAUAAGCGCAACGAGCUCUGAUUUGCGAGCUCUGAUUUGCUUCCUUAAGUCCGCUCAUAUAGUAGCCCAAAUAAUGAGCAUCGGUCAAUCCCGGAACUUGGCUAGCUAGUUGAACAAACAAGGUAUUGUAUUCCUCUACUGAUCCAAUUUGUUUGACGUCGGAAAGCCUUUCAAAUAUGUUCCCUUGGAAUCGGGAAUCGAAUCUAGCCACCAGGGCUUGCUUGAAUUCUUCCCACAUCAUGUCUGGUUUGCGCGCUCUCAGCCAUGUUACCCAAUUGAGGGCAGUCCCUUCCAUAUAAACCCUAGCCGUUGCAACUUGUCUGUCCGGUGGGGUCUUGUUGAGCUCAAACUGUUGCUCCACUCUCACCAACCACCCAAUUGGGUCUUCACCGUCGAACGAGGGAAGGAGAGCAGUGGCUGCGCUGGGCAGUCCACCGUCGCUGGCCGCUGUUACGGUCGCAUUUCCGACCGCAACCGAGGAAGUUGCCUGCGAUAUCAGCGACACCAAGGUCUGUGUGAGCGUCGCCAGUGAUGCGAUGAUUUUAGUCGGCCACAUGCCAUGCUCUUCCAGGGUGCUAUUCAUCCGAUUCUGUUCCAUCCCCAUGCGUGCCUGCUCAGCCCUUAAUCGGGCUUGCUCCUCUCCCAGUCGGUGUUGCUCGGUCUCUAACUCGGUCAAUCGAUCGUUUUGAGAUCUUGUCAUCCUGGCAGGAUGAGAUCCGGCAGGUCAGACCAAUUGUUGUGUAGCAGAAAAAUAUAAAAUCAACGGGGUAAACCGUUGCCCAGAUAAUCAAUGAUAAAAAUACCGUUGCUCCAGAGCCAAAAGGCUAAAACCAAUUUUAUUCCCACAUAAUAAGAAUGAAUUCUGGCAAGGGGUAUAAAUAGCCUUCUACAAGAAACCCUAGUCAAGCCCAAACUAAUUAAAUGCUAAUUAGGCCCAGACUAACUCUACUAAGUACUCUCUCUACUAAUAAAAGGUCCAAACCAAAACAUAACAUUACCUUAAUAAUAAUAAUAAAUAAACUAUAAGACAGCCCGUAACCGGCCCACGGAAGUGGGCCCAAGCCCGGUCCCGCCCCAUGCUCUUCCCGCUACCUAUCAUAGUUGUUACCCAGAUUUUUCAACAGUUAUUUAUGUAUUUAUUUACAUGUGUUUGAUGUAUCCAUAGAUAAACAACGGUGCAGUUUGAACUAGUGUAGUUGUUGCCCACAUUUCCCUGCACUUAUUUAUGUAUUUGUUUACAUGUGUUUGAAGUAUCCAUAAAUAUAUAAUGGUGCAGUUUGAACUAGUCUAGUUGUUGCCCAAAUUUCCAUACACUUAUUUUGUAUGUAUUUACAUUUGUUUGAUGUAUUCAUAAAUAAAUAAUGGUGGAGUUUGAACUAGUAUAAUUGAUGUCCAGAUUCUCUACACUUAUUUAUGUAUUUGUUUACAUGUGUUUGAUGUAAAUGGUCUAUUAUAAUCUCAUUAGGAAGACUAGUUAUUACAAUCUUUUAGUUGCGGCAGCCCCCUAUUCUAUUUAACAUAUACGUACCAUUUAGUUAUUAUUAUUAUUUAUUAUUAUAUCUUUAUUUAAUUAAUAAAUGGUAUUGGUAAUAGUUAGACGAGAACUCAUUUAUUAGGAAGACUUUCAUUGUGAUUGGGAAACUAGUUUCGAACUAGUAUAAAUACACCAUCCUCCUUCAUAAUUGAUAGACCAAUUUUCUAGAUUCAGUAUUAUCAGUUUAUUUCCCUGCGAAGAGAUUUCCUAGCCUUUCUCUUAGGGAGAUCUAACCGUUCUUUUGGAAAGGAGAAAUCACGUGGAUACCUAAGAUCAAGGAUUUUCAUCACUAGGCUGGAAGAUCUGUAAGUUCUAACUCAGAUCUGUUAUUAUUGUUAUAUUCGUCAUUUUGUCAUAAUCAGGGAAGACCUAUUUGGGAAAAUUUUAAACUUCCGAUGUUGUACUUUUGAGGUACGCUACAUCAAUUUCCUAACAAUUUGAUGUAUCCAUGAAUAAAUUAUGGUGCAGUUUGAAUUAGUGUAGUUGCUGACCAAAUUUCUCUACACUUAUUUAUGUAUUUAUUUACAUGUGUUUGAUGUAUCCAUAAAUAAACAAUGAUGCAGUUUGAACUAGUGUAGUUGCUGCCCAAAUUUCCCUGCACUUAUUUAUGUAUUUGUUUACACGUUUUCUCGUUUAAUGUGUAUUUGUUUAUCAUUAAUAGGUUUUAAUAUAUUUGAUGGGCUUAUGAAGUGCACUAAAGAUUGGGGAACUGAGCAUAAAAUACUCACUAUAUCCGUGGACAACGUUUCAAAUAAUGAUGUCGCACUUCGAAUUGCUAAAGGUAUCCCCGUCUCCAUGGUGAAUGUAAAGGGCCUUGCCCGUUUGAAGAAACAGGACCCGAAGGGGUCGGGACAGGGCAUCCAGAAGCCCGCCACCGCCCUCUUUAAGAAAGCCGAGGGCGAUGCCGCUGCCGGCAAGAGGAAGGCAGUGACCAAGGGGUCCCCCCCGGCUACCAAAAAGCCGAAAAAGGGGGAUGUCACCGAGAAGGAGCCCUCGGUCAUUAUCGCUGAUGAGCCCCCCGCCUCCGGGGUGCAGGUGGAGAAGCUGCCGGGUGGAACGCCGGCGGGGGCAGAGGAGUCGCUGCCUGAGAUCCUCACAGUCGCGUUCCCGAGAGGUACAUCUUUGGCCAGCGGCGCCGUCGACCCGGGGGCCAUCCUGAGGGGUAUGACCCCUGAGACGGAUAGGGCUGCCCUCGGGGCCUAUAAUGAUGCGGCCCUCGAGGACCACAUUCUCCGCUCCUCCCUCUCUGCUUGCUUAGCCCUCGGCGAACAGGCUCGGAGGCUUCAAGAAUGGCGCCUCCACAGAGCGGAGCAAGACGCCAGAAUGAGGGAGUGCCUCCUCAAGAACCAAGAGGCGGUGAAGCUGGGGGCCCAGCUAGAAGAGGAGCUCCGGCAGAUGAGCUUGAAACUGGAGGCUGCAGAGAAAGGCAAGGUUGAUGCUGAGGCCGCUGCCAGGAGAGCUGCUAAAGAGGCCGAGGACUCCAAAGCGCUAGCUGUCGCCAAGGCUCAGGAGGAGGCCGUUGAGGCCUUUGUCGCCGAGGGUUGGAGAGCCGAGGGGCGCAAGAUGUGGGUGUCCUCGGUCGUGGAGGCAUGCGUUGAAGAAUGGGCCGAGGGCCCUGGGUGGGAAUGGAUGGCCCGGAAGGGCAGAGAGUACUAUGAAGCCGGCGAAUUCUUCACCCAGGCCCUCAUCUACCGGAGGAUGGCCCGACAUUUGGGCAUUGAGCAAAAGGACUUCUCCCCCUCGGCGUAUGGCCUUCCUCCCUUGCAGCCUGAUGUCCGUGAGCCGCUCCCGGAAGGUGUUCAGAGGCCCGACCUUGAGGACACGGUGUUGAAGAAUGAGGCCGAGGACGACGCUGUCGAGACCGGAGCGGAGGCAUCAUUGAGGCCGGC